CAAAAGGCGCCGAUCACAAAUCACAAGGAUGAAGUACGCCCUAUCAAUGGCCAACUCUCCUGUAUUCUCGCCCUCGCCUAGGGUUUCUUCAAUGUUCUACAAGCCCUCCGUUUCUUCUCCAGCGAGCCUAUGCCGUAAUGAAAAGUCGUCGCCGUCGCCUCCGAGGCCGUCUUGUUUCCCGUCUCCUUCUGCUGCGUCUUCCGCGUCUCUGUUACCGCCUCUGGCGCUCCAAGUGCACCGGCAACUGAACGAUGUGUCAGUUUCUGCUUCUUCUUCUUCUUCUUCUUCUUCUUCUAGUAGUGCUUCGCCUACGGUUUUGAAGAGGAAGAGACCGGCGAGGAUCGACAUUCCGGUUGCUUCUUUGAGCUUUUUGGCGGUUGAGACACCGGUUACGGUUGAUAGAUUGAACGAGGUUGAGUUUGAGGGCGAGGCGUAUUCUGUGUACUGUAAGAGAGGCAAGAGGGGUAUAAUGGAGGAUCGCUACUCCGCCCUUGUUAACAUUCAUGGAGAUUCUAAACAGGCUUUAUUUGGGGUCUUCGAUGGACAUGGAGGGGCCAAAGCUGCUGAUUUUGCUGCAAAGAACUUGGAUAGGAACAUUGUUAAUGAAGUGACCAGACGAUGUAAGGAAGAAAUUGAAUUAGCAGUGAAGGAAGGUUAUUGUAUUACAGACGCGGAGUUUCUAAAAGACGAUGCUACCGGGGGUACUUGCUGUGUCACUGCAUUGAUACGUGAAGGUAAUCUUAUUGUCUCCAAUGCUGGCGAUUGUCGGGCUGUUAUGAGUAGAGGAGGGGUUGCAGAGGCUCUGACAGUUGAUCACCGGCCUUCUAGGAAAGAUGAAAGGGAUCGGAUUGAAAAUCAGGGUGGGUAUGUGGACUGUUAUCAUGGAGUUUGGAGAAUACAAGGGUCUCUUGCUGUAUCCAGGGGAAUUGGUGAUCGACGUCUUAAACAAUGGGUAAUAGCAGAGCCAGAAACAACUAUUCUAACAAUUAGACCCGACUGCCAGUUCUUAGUCCUUGCUUCUGAUGGACUUUGGGAAAAGGUCUCUGCUCAGGAGGCAGUUGAUAUUGUUCACCCAUUAUGCAUAGGAGUGGGCAAACCCGACCCGCUUUCUGCUUGUAAGAAGCUUGCUGGCCUAUCUGUAAAUCGAGGUUCUACCGAUGACAUAACCAUCAUGGUGAUUCAAUUAGCCCGUUUUCUUCCAUAAGACGUAGCUCGGACAAAGGGUGUCAUGGCAACUCAAAUUAUGUGUGUUGUUCUCAACAAAUUUGUAGCCUUGGAAGCUAGCAUACCAAUUUUGUUAUUUGUUGGUAUGUUUGGAAAAUGAUGAUGUCCAAUAAGGCGUCUUAAUGGAAGGAGCUCCACCAAUUGUAUCUUGCAA